AUGUCACAAAACUCUUCACGGGAGACCCACUCAGGGUUGACAAGACGUAUACGACAACAGUCCAUCCUGAGCAAUGACACUGCAACCACCCGACUUGCUCCUAAUCCUUUUGAAAAUAUUCCAAUCGAGAUUUUCAACGAAAUCGUAACAAUGGUGCUACAACUUGAGGCGCAGUCUUCGCCACUGUUUAUUUCACAAGUCUCAAGGUCAUGGAGGGAAGUUGUGCAUAAUAAUCCUUCUAUGUGGGAUAGCCUUGUGCUUACACACCGACGCCCAGGAGCAAAGGCUCAAUUCUGGAUGGCGAGGACUCAAGGAAAGCUCAGGGUCCUCACAGUGCGGUCCGCCGCUGCCACAAAGGCAAGAAUUGAAGCUUGGGAGCCAGUCUUACAGCAGCUGCACUGGGAAUCACUACAAGCACUCAGGGUACAAAGAUGGUUCGUAGUCGACUAUCUCAGGCGCAUCGGCAAGGUCGAUGCAUUGGUCAGCCUCCAAGUUCUUGAACUUGACCGCACCAAUUCUUUUUCCUCAUUCCGUUCAAUACAAAGCUCAUUGGAUUCUUCCCUACGGCAUCUCACAAUUCUUUCUCAGGGUCCAUGGUUGGCUAAUACCUCGAUUCAAGCUCGAAAUCUCACUACUUUGAGCCUCAAUCAAGUGUCUGUUCAAGCCGGACAUUUCUACGACCUACUUUUGGCCAACCCUCUCCUCGUACAUCUAUCCUUGGAUAGCGUUUGUUACAAUGGUAUGCCCAAAAACAUAACAAUGCAUCAUUUAAAAUCUCUUCGCCUAUGCAACUAUGCCCACGUUCCAGUUGACGGGCUUAAACUGCCAGCGCUCGAGGCUUUCCAAGCCGAACGAUUUAAUGUUACCAUGCGCGAGAAUAACUUUUUGGCUCGUCUCGCUAGCGGAUACAGCGGUGUACUGCUAACGGUCCUCAUCUUUAGUUCAUGCCAUGCCUAUUUCAACGUCCAGGAUGUUAUCCCCUUUUUACUCUCUUCGCCGAAUCUCAAAAACCUCGAGGUAACGGAUACGCCUUCCGGGGGUGUUACAUCGUUGAUAGAAUUCCUAUCUGCACCUUACCAACCAAGUAUUGUCCAAUCCGACCAUGCUUCUUCAUUUCUUGUAUGUCCUCAAUUGACGUAUGUCAAUUUUUCUGGGUGCUCAGGAGUACAAACUGGACCCAUCAUGCGCUUGGUGAAGUCCCGCCUUACGGUAACCGACCAACACGGCAAUAAGUUUGGAUGGGAUGGACAUUCUCCUGCUCCACAAGCCGAGCCAAUACUUUCAGUUAUAAUUGACUUUUGCCCUCAAAUUGACCCCUCAUGGGUAUCAUGGCUGCGUUAUCGAGUUCCUAGGGUUAGCUAUAUACUUGCAGGAGACAAUUGA